ACGCAUGGCAUCACCUAUUUGCCAAAUGUGGAUAAUAUUUACGUAGUUAAAGAAGGUGAAAUCAGUGAAUCGGGUACAAUGAAAGAAUUGAUGAGCAAAAAGGGUGACUUUGCCGAAUUUUUGAUCCAACAUUUGCAAGAAGUGAACGAAGACGAAGAAGAUUUGGAUUUGAUUAAAGAGCAAAUCGAAUCAACAUUGGCAACAAACCAAGACGCAGAGCUUCGUGGAAAACUUGAACGAGCAAUUAGUCGAUCGAGAAGUGAAAGUCAUUCGGAAUCAGCAUCGUUGAAUGGAGACGUUUCAGUCCAAAGUACAAUUGAAAAUGAGGACGGCGUUCGCAGACGAUCAGUCAAGUAUGGUUCGAAUAGUGAUUUAAAGACUGAGAAACCGGAACCUGGUGGACAAAAGCUUAUUGAACAAGAGAAGGCCGAAGUUGGAAGUGUGAAAUGGGAUGUAUACAAGCAUUAUCUCAAGACUAUUGGUGUCUCGUUGACGAUCUUGACCGUGAUCUUGAACAUCGUAUACCAAGGAUUCACUAUUGGAUCAAAUACUUGGCUUGCAGCAUGGUCAAACGAUAAGGCAGCCGCCAAUGACACGAACAAAAGGAACCUUUAUUUGGGUGGUUAUGCUGGCUUUGGUUUGGGACAAGUUUUUCUCAAUUUUGUCACGACGUUGAUGUUAUCGCUAGGUUUUAUUCGUUCGGCAAAAGUAAUGCAGGAUAGUUUAUUGAAAAAUGUGCUUCGUUGGCCGAUGGAAACAUUUGACACGACUCCAGUCGGUCGAGUGUUGAAUCGGUUCUCAAAAGAUGUGAACACAGUUGAUAACGUGUUGCCACAAGUCAUCAGAGGAUGGAUUAACACACUUUUUUCGACAUUGGCAAUUUUGGUCGUAAUCAGUGUGUCAACAUACCUGUUCUUGGCUGUUAUUGUGCCAAUCGGAAUCGUUUACUACUUUGUGCAACGAUUUUAUGUACCAACAUCACGUCAAUUGAAACGUCUUGAAUCACUAUCAAGAUCCCCAAUCUACUCUCACUUUGGGGAAAGCAUUCAAGGAGCAUCGAUUAUUCGGGCAUAUAACGUUCAACAAAGGUUCAUCACGGAUUCCGAUAAUCGAGUCGAUUUCAAUCAGAAGUCUUACACGCCAUCGGUGUUCGCGAAUCGUUGGUUAGCUGUUCGUUUGGAAAUGGUUGGUAAUUUAAUCAUUUUGUUUGCCGCUCUGUUUGCUGUCUUGAGUCGCGAUACACUCGAGCCAGGCACUGUUGGACUUUCGGUUUCAUACGCAUUGCAAAUUACACAAACAUUGAGCUGGUUAGU